UCAAGAUCGUUAAGGCUGAUUGCUGUACCUUGAAAACUUUUGCUCUUUUUUGUUUGUUGUAUUUUUUUCCCCCGGUAAACAUCUGGGUGUAUAUCAAACGGCAAGAUGUCCAGUAAUGUUCCGGCAGAUAUGAUAAAUUUGCGCCUCAUCUUGGUAAGCGGGAAAACAAAAGAGUUCCUGUUUUCUCCUAAUGAUUCUGCUUCUGACAUUGCAAAGCAUGUGUAUGACAAUUGGCCAAUGGACUGGGAAGAAGAGCAGGUCAGCAGUCCAAAUAUUCUACGACUUAUUUAUCAAGGACGAUUUCUGCAUGGAAAUGUCACAUUAGGAGCAUUAAAACUUCCUUUUGGCAAAACAACGGUGAUGCAUUUGGUGGCCAGAGAGACAUUGCCAGAGCCAAACUCUCAAGGUCAGAGGAAUCGCGAAAAGACUGGAGAGAGUAAUUGUUGUGUAAUCCUGUAAACACUGUCUGCUAGGUGUGCUGUGAUGUAGUCUUUGUCUUUCAUGCUGCUGGGACAGAAGAGACCCAACAUUGCUUCAGAAACCCUUAGGAAGAGUCUGCCUGUAAAUCCAUGGAACUGAAUAAUCUCAUGAACAGUCAUCUUCUUUCAUCAGAGUAAAAAGAACCAAGAACAUUUUUUCACUACGAUUUUUUAUUUCUAGUAUCUUUGUUUAUGUUGAGCAGUUUUAAAAUAUAUUGGUUUUUGAAUGCUGUCAAUCGCCGGGGGCAGAGUUAAGUUCUCUUUCCUAGCGGAAGCCAUUCUGCUGCCACAGAAAUUUGCAUCACCAGAACUAACAAAUCAAGUGUUCCAAAUAUAGUUUGCACUAAAAAAGAUUGACAUUAUUUUCUUCAUAGCAGAAUUUACAGCAUGGUUUAUGGCACCUAGAAAUGCUCAGAAAUACAAUAUUCCACACUGGAAAACACUCGGCAAUUAAUGAAGUUAAUUAGUGGGCCAACUGGAGAGGGAAAAAUGGAAAAGAAACUGAAAUGUUGGGUGAAUUCUAUCAGAGUCAGCCAUGGGGGCUGCACUGGCACAGAAUACAAACCUGAGUAUGACUAUUUUCACUGCAACAAAUGAGAAAACAAAAUGUGCCUGUUGUUUAAAGCACUCAGCAGAGAGCUGAUGAAACAAAUUUCUUUUCCUUUCACACACGCACUCCUCAGUCACGCUGUCACCGAGUGCUUGUCCACACAGCACAACAGGGGUGCGAGCGCGCUUCCUAGCCUUAACGUGGGAGGGUCAAUUCCAUACUCGUAGACUUGCAUUGCCGCGCAGAGAUAAUAGAAAACCUCAUUUACUCAUCAGUUUUAUGUAUUUGAAGAUCAGCAAAUUGAAUUUUUCCAUAAUUAUUGCUCAUCUGUAACUGUGUCCAGUGUCACACUCAUUCAUUAGAGUUCAGAUGAAUUCUUAAAAUUUAAAUAAUUCUCCAUAGUAACUAAUUUUGUUUCUUUAUGUAGUUUGCAUUUGGUAUUAGUGCUUGCAAUUGUAUUAAAAUCAAAAGUUGACUUUUAAAGCAUACUACAUGAAUAAGGAUGCCAUUCUUUUGUUUUGUACCAAUAAUUUAAAAAUUGAUAUGCUAAAAUAAUUUGCACAGCACUAAAGCAUGAGCUAGUUUCAUCUAAACCUGUAAAAAUAUAAAAGAUUUUAUAUUUUUUCACUGGGAAGAAAUUCUUCCUGGAUGAAAUUACAAAUAUGUGUAGAAUAUAUUUAAUAAAAAACUUAUAAAAUACCUAACUAUAGAACUUAAAUAUAGAUUGGCGUGUAGUAUAUAGAACAAUAUUCCAUAUAAAUAACUUUAGCCUUUAUAAAAAUGAAGCUGCAGGCUGACAUUACGUUCUGUACUUAAAUAAUUAAGUGUCCGUGGCCCUUAAAAACAUUCAGUGUAAAUGGUUUCAGAUGGUCAGCUUUGUCUAAAGGUAAUCAGGUUAUUUUGUUCAUUGUCAAUGCUUUGAUGAAGAGGCUUUAUAUGCAGUAGAUCUACGAAAAUAUUGUUCAUACUGAUCAGAAUUAAAUUUGUAUAGAGCAGAGUUUUAAAACGAAUGUAAAUAGCACUAAACAUUUUCUUCCUGCAACCUAUACUUAUUCUUUCUGUAAACUAAAAAAUAUAAUGCAUUUCAGUGGUAAUUUUAAAGGUCUUGAUUAAGUCGAUUAUUGUUUAAGCACCGUCUCAUCCAUGUUAAAAUUUGUUUUCUACUUUUGUUUCUGAAUCUUUAAGAAAUUUGUUUAAUAUUCUCUUGUUUCAGAGUAUACACCGUGUAUCUUUGAUAUUUAACCUGGUUAAUUUGUGCACAGAGCAACAAUGGACAGCAUUAUGCAGUCUCUGUCAUCACUAAAAUGUAUUCAGAUGUUAAAUAUUUAUAUGCUUUGUUGACUAGCUCAAAUGUGAAUUCCUAGUGUUGACUAAAGAGGAAUCUGAUAGUUACUUAAUUGGGCAAUUAAGCCAUUUAUGGCUCUAUUCUUCUUUGUAAAACAAACUACUGGUAAUUAUUUUUAAUACCUAUUUUAAUUCUAAUUUUACUCUUCUGUCUUUCCAAAGUUAGACUAUCAGUUAAUUAUGAUUGAAUUUUUAUGAUUGUUUAAAAAAUAAUUCUCUAUUGGUUUUCAAUAUAUUUUUCUGUGUGUUCUCAUGUUAUAAAUUUCCCUUUAACAGGACCUCAAUUUAAAGUUUGCAAAAUGGAUAAACCGGUUCAUUAGUAGAGAAGGAAUUAUGUCACUUAAUUCCUGAUAACAUUGUUGUGCAAAAUGGAAAAAAAAAAUAGCAGUAAAAUUAUAUACCGAAAACACCAAAAAUUGAGAUGCCUUAAUAGUAUAUCCAUGAAAAUACUCAACUGUCCCUUUGAAAAUAGUUCCUUGGACUGCCUGAAGUUAAAAUAUGAUUAAUUAUAUCCAAGGCUACUAUUGAAGAUCCCUCUGCCAAAAAUAACAGCUCACUUACCGAGAGGUAAAGGCUGCAUAGAUCCAGUAAUGUAAAUAAAGCCUGAAUUGUGGGCCUGUGACCUUGCCCAGCACUUGGUGUCUAAUUCACCUCUUUUACCUAAAUUAUCCUAGACUUUGUUAAGUGUUCUGGACAAGGCAAAGCUUUUCUUCUUUAUUAAAACCUUAGCAUGUCUCCUUGAUCUGAAUUAUUUGCUUUCUGUUCAAGAUAGGUUGUAUCUUAAAUCCUGUCAUGAAAAAUAGAGUGUCUAAUAUCGCCAGUCACAUCAAAUGAGGUUUUCUCAUAACAAACAUUUAUCCUUAGUUUUAUGUCAUCUUGACCAAUGUUGCAGUAAUUUCUGUUAGCUGAUUGUGGUAAACAAUGUUUAAUGUGAAAAGAAAUUAAAACUUUCUUCAUCUGCUGUAGGA